AUGUUACGACUAUAUGCGUCGGAUUCAAUCGCUAGCAGUGAAUCACCGGUGCCACUUGAAGCUGAAGACCAGUGGAAUCUGUACAAGACGAUGUUUGGGCACUCUUUUAAUAAAAGAAGCAGUGAUAUUGACAACAGUUUUGUAACAAGUAAUCACGAGGUAACGUCUAAUACGGAAGCAAAAUCCUCACUGUCGUCUGCUAUGCCAAAUGAAAAAACUAUACGAUGUAUGGAUUCAGAGCUAUGUGCUGAAGAGUUUUCUCAUAUACCGUCAGGCAGAGUUGGAAGAAAGCGUCACCGUCGCCGUGAUGAGUGGAAAGACGUAAAAAGAAAAUGUUUAAAAAAUUUAGGGAAAGCCUAUUUAAGCAGAAAUGGAGUUCAAAGAGAUGGAAAGAUUUUGAAACAACCAUGUCCGACUACUUGCCGACUUAAAUGCUUUACAAAAUUUAAUGCACAAGAACGGGAGCGUAUAUUUUGUUCUUUUUGGCAAAUUGGAGAUCACUGUCGGCAAUGGGAUUACAUCGUCAAUCAUACCGAAGUAGGCGACACUAAGUAUCCUUCUACUUCUAGACGUAAGAAAUCCAUUAAGUAUUGCUUGCCUCUUAUUGAACCAAACUCUGACAUACCUAUUAGAGUGUUUGUCUGCAAAACGAUGUUCCUAAACACACUUUCUGUAGGGGAGAGAACUGUUCAAACAGCAUUGGCAAAAUGGAGUUCAGGUGGUGGGUCUGUUUCUCCUGAUCGGCGUGGUGGUACCAGAACUGUUGUCAUUGACGACGAAAUGAAACAGAGUGUUUUAAGGCAUGUCAAAACGUUCCAGCCUAUUGAAUCUCAUUAUGUGCGUAAGGACACUACUAAAAUUUACUUAGAGAGUGACCUAACAUUUACAAAAAUGUUUUCAUUAUACAAUGAGUGGUGUACGAUUGAAAAUAUAACUAAAAAAGCAAUGACAGUAAGACAGUAUCGAGAUAUCAUAAAUCAAAAUUUGAAUAUAUCAUUUCACAAACCGAAAAAAGACAUCUGCAAUGAGUGCCAUAUAUGGGCCUUUCUUUACUAA